AUGCCACGUAAGCUACGUAAGAAUAUACGUAAGAGGAAGAGAGCAUUGAAACAUCCAAUAGUAAAACUGACACCACAACAACAGUUGCAACAACAAAUAAUGAAUGACCCCACUAUGUUGCAACAAAUGUCAAGCAAUCCUAUGCUUUUAAACCGAGUUCUUGGUGCACAGAGUGGAGGUUUAAGAGCGGCACUUUUAGCGAAAAUGGCAGGCUAUGGUGGAGCUGCAGACGGAACAGCCUAUAACCCUCAAAGUCAAAUGAAUUUGAGUUCACUCAAAAAUCAAAUAUCAGAUGUCAAAAAGUCAAACAUAGACAUACAGAAGCAAAUAAGUGAAAACGAAAAGAAACUAGAAUAUGACAGACACACAAAGAAACUCAAUGAGUUAAACGUAGAGAAAAAGAAGAAAGAAGAACAACUGAAAGAACUAAGUACAGAGGAAUAUGCGAAAAAAGUGUCAGAAAAAGCAGCAGAAGUAGCAAAAAUGGAACAAGAUGUUGUAAAUUUGAAAAACCAUACUACUCAAUAUAAAGUACUGAAAGAUGAAGAGAUAAAACAAAAAGCCCUGAAGACAUAUAUGGAUAGCGAUGAGUAUAAAAAAGAAGUUGAAGCAAAUGUAAAGGCAGAAAAACUUUUACAGUUGCAAAACCAAACCGUACAGUAUGAAAACUUAGCACAAGAAAGUAAAAAUAACGACGCAGCCAUGCAAAAGGCAAUGAAAAGCGCAGAAUAUAUAAAAGCUAACAAUGACUGGUUAGAUGCCCAAGCCAACGCUAAAGCAGCCCAACUUAUAGGGUCAAUAA